AUGGAGGCCAAUGGCGACUAUUUCCGUGCCCUUUUUGCCAUUGUUGGGCUUCUUGCCUCCUUGUUGGCGGUUAGCUUCUCUGAGACUGUACGCCCAUCAGAACAAGCUCAUUGGGGUAGGUUUCUUGAACAAGUCAUCGUGUCUGUGGAGCUGGCUGUUUGUGGGUGGGGAUGUUCUUCUUAUGUAACAAGCUCAGCUUCGCCCUACCCAUGGAUACUUUUCCCACUAAUUUCUUUAAUGACAGGUUGUGGGAAAUCGCUUUAUGACUCUUGUUUUGGGGCUACGGUUUCACCUGCUGGUAUAAUAGGGGGGGCAAUAUUUUUUAUUGGGUUUAGCGUCUUGGGCUUUUAUUCCUGGGAACUUCAUGGGAAGAGUUUUCUUGUUACGUUAAGCGGGAGCUUUAUUUUGCUCUGUUCCCUCAGUUCGGUGAAGCGGGAUCUUCGAUUGCCGUCCACGGAGCCAUAUUUGCUCUUCACGCCACCUCGGAAUGGAUACUCAGCAUUUUUUCGUAAUGCAUUCAACUAUGUGAUUUCAAAUGAGCGUGAGAGAAAACUGGCAAGCUUUCUUCUCCUUACAGGAGCUGUGAUGAUUCUGGAGCUUCUCUAUGGUAUUUCCGCCAAUUCCCUUGGCUUGAUUUCGGAUUCCUUUCAUAUGAUGCUUGACUCCACAUCUAUUGCCAUCGGUUUGUGUGCGGCGUUUGCUGCAUCAUUACCUUGUGAUGCCAAGACACAUCCAUUCGGUUAUGCGCGCUAUGAAGUUUUGGGAGGAUUUAUAAAUGGAGUUUUGUUGCUAUAUAUCGCGUUGUACGUUAUUGUUGAGUCCGUUGAACGAAUUAUUAGUCCUCCAGCAAUUGAGGCCGCUUACUUGAUACACGUGUCUGUUGUGGGAUUGCUAGUAAAUGUUGUGGGUAUUGUGUUUUUUCAUGAAGGUCAUGGUCAUUCUCAUUCGCAUGGCGAGUGUGCCGGUCUCGUGGAUCACAAUUUGCGAGGGGUUUAUCUACAUAUUUUGGCAGACUUAUUAGGAAGCGUAAGUGUCAUGAUAUCCAGUAUACUUAUAGCAUUUACUGGUAUGAGAGUUGCCGAUCCUAUAUGCAGCGUUUUGAGCUCUGCUUUUAUUGCCAUAUCAGCUUUCCCACUAUUAGAGGAGACAGGGAGGGUGCUACUUCUCUCAAGUCAGCCGUAUAAUUCGGAUGAUUUCUUUCAGAAAUCUGUCUCUGCUAUUAAAGAGGUUUCAGGUGUUACUACGGUGGAUAGUUUUUGCGCGUGGAGUCACUCAACAGCGCCUCGGGAAUCAACAUAUUGUGCGAUACGGUUGUCUACCCACUCUCUAGUAGACCACAGCAAUGUGCGUCGUUCAGUAAAACAUUGCAUGAAGAAUAUUUUGCUUGCUAAUGCUGGAACACGUCGUGCGCAUGUAAUUGUGCAUGUUGAAUAA